UGGGCAAUGUAGGAAGCUCAGGAGUUACAUUGGUGAGAAUUCUCAACCGUUGGAUUGGAACUAAGAUGGACGGCUAUUGAUCCAUUUGGCUUAUUACCAGGCUUGGUAUAAGCUCCCUUCUCCAACGCCCACUCUUGUAAAUUAUUACUAUGGAGUUUUUUUCUCUCUUUCAGCUUAAAAAUAAAACUCCAAAUUCUCCCACCAAAAAAUUCAGUCCAAAAUUAAUCUAGCUUAUAAAUUAGUAGCCAAUACUGAAGUCCUCUUUGGAUUUUGGUCAAAUCCCACUCUUGAAGGCUUCAUCCCAUGGAGAAUAACAAAGAAGAAUUUGGACGUGGUACUGCUGGUGUUGGUGCUGGUUUUUCCUCUGGUGAUUUUACUUGGUAUAAUUAUAGAAGUUACAAGCCUUAUUAUAAUAAUAGUAUUCAUCACCAACCUUCUAACUUUUCAUAUAAGCCAGCUCUUCCACCAUUGACAACCAUAGAAAGUUUCUUAAGUAGUCAAAGCCUUCCUUUGACUAACAAUACUCCUUCCAACGUUGUUUCAUCAUCCUUAUCUACAAAUGGGUUGUGGGAUUUUUCUUCGAGCAGUAGUAAUACUACUACUACUAGUGUGGUUGAUCAUAAUAAUUAUUAUGGUGCAAUUACGUCUGGGGUUCAUUUUUCUUGGCCGAUGAUUAGUAGUUUAGCCGGUGCUGAUCAUGAUCCCGAUCAUCAUCAUAAUCAACAAGAUCAUCAACCAAGGUUCUUUGAAGGGCUUUUUGUUCAUGAGGACGAGGAUUAUGAUGAAGAUGUGGUGGAAGGUGUUAUGAACAUUGAUACGUGUUCAAAGCGAGAAGUUGCGGAGAUGAUGAUGAUCAAUAAUAGCUGUAAAGAGAUAUUGGGAAAGAGAUCAGCUCAUAAAAAAGCUUCUUCUGCGGCUUUAAUAAAAGGACAAUGGACAGACGAAGAAGACAGGAAACUGAUUCGACUGGUGAAGCAAUAUGGAGUAAGAAAAUGGGCUCAGAUAGCUGAAAAAAUGAUUGGGAGAGCUGGGAAACAGUGCCGAGAGAGGUGGCAUAAUCAUUUGCGCCCUGAUAUCAAGAAAGAUGGGUGGAGCGAAGAGGAAGAAAAAAUACUAGUUGAAGCUCAUGCAGAGGUGGGAAACCGGUGGGCGGAGAUUGCGAAACGCAUUUCGGGGAGAACGGAGAAUGCGAUCAAGAACCACUGGAAUGCUACUAAAAGGAGGCAAAAUUCAAGGAGGAAGAACACUCAUAAUAAUAACAAUAAUAUGCAGAUAAGUACUGAAUCACACAAAAGUAAUAACGAUAAUAAUAAUAACAAGGCUCAAUCUUCAAUACUUCAAAAUUACAUUAGGGGCAAGAGUCUCAUGCUCAUGCUCAACAACAAUAAUAAUGGUAUUGAGAAUAGUAAUGCUCCUGAAUCAACAACAACUAGUAGUAGCAUUACUACUACUACUACAGCUCAUGAUCAUUCUGGUGUGGAAUCUUCUUUAGUACUUGCAUCUGAUCAGAUUUACGACGAUGAAGUGCUUUUCAUGCAGAAUCUCUUUAGUGAUAACCCCACAACUACUAUUGAUUAUUGUUCAUCAAACAAAACCAAUAGUGGGGACCAUGAUAAUCAUCAACAAAAGCUCAUGCAUAAUAGUAGUACUGCUACUCCAAGUACUACUCACCUUUACUCUGACCUCUACUUAUCUCAUCUAUUGAAUGGAGCACCGCCGGAUACUUCUUUGUCUUCGAUCUUUAAUGUUAAUCGUGAUGAUGAUUUCUAUACUCAGAUGAGUAAGAUGAAGAUGGUGGACGAUGCUGAAGAUCAUCGUUCGUGUGGUGACAUGGAAACCUCUUCGAAUGACAAGAAAGAGAUGGAUUUGAUAGAGAUGGUCACUUCUUCUGUCUUCACCAAAGAUUAAUUAGCUAAUAAUAAACUUUGAAGAACUAUCCCAAGUUCUCUCUAUUUCUCUAUUAUAUUUAUUCCAUAACGUUGUUGUGUGGGGUUUUCUGUUAUGCGUUUCUUUGGUUUAGUUAUGUAAAGCAUUGGACUUUCCUGAACAAUUCAAACGGUGUUUGUUUUUUUUUUUUUAGUUACAUGGCUGGCACAGAGACAUUUGAGUUUGUUGCAGAUUUCCUUAAAAUAUUUCAGUUAUUUCACAAUUAUCUGUUGUCGUUUUCUUUUGUUUUCUCUCAACGACAUUGGACUCUUACAAAUAUUACUUGUUUUGUUGAUAAGUUGAGUUCAUAUGUGUGCAACUAGUUUGUAUUGUUGAGUACGUUGCGUUAUAUAUUUUUCUUGUGAAAAUUUCAAGCUAUUAGUACUCUUG